AUGGCAAUCACUUUUAACAGCAGCCUCGAAAAAGCCACUUUCUUCCUGACAGGAUUCCAAGGUCUGGAAGAUCUCCACGGCUGGAUCUCUAUUCCCUUCUGCUCCAUCUAUUUGACAGUGAUUAUAGGGAACCUUACCAUCCUCCAUGUCAUCCGCACUGACGCCACCCUCCAUGAGCCUAUGUACUAUUUCUUAGCUAUGCUGGCCCUCACAGAUUUGGGCCUUUGCCUUUCCACCCUGCCCACUGUCCUGGGAAUCUUCUGGUUUGAUGCCCGGGAAAUUGGCAUCCCUGCCUGCUUCACUCAGCUCUUCUUCAUUCAUACUUUGUCUCUGGUGGAAUCUUCAGUUUUGUUGUCCAUGUCCAUUGACCGUUAUGUAGCCAUCUGCAAUCCGCUACGUUAUUCCACCAUCUUAACAUCUUCACGCAUUAUCAAGAUGGGAUUAACUUCAGUGCUUAGAAGUGCCCUCCUCAUCCUCCCCCUGCCAUUCCUCCUCAAACGCUUCCAUUACUGCCGCUCCCAUGUACUGGCACAUGCUUAUUGUCUGCAUCUGGAGAUCAUGAAACUGGCCUGCUCUAGCAUUAUCGUCAACCACAUCUAUGGACUCUUUGUUGUAGCAUGCACGGUGGGCGUGGACUCGCUCCUCAUCUUUCUCUCUUACGCCCUCAUCCUACGCACUGUAUUGAGCAUAGCCUCCCGCCAGGAGCGGCUCAGAGCCCUCAACACCUGUGUGUCCCACAUCUGCGCUGUACUCCUCUUCUACAUUCCUAUGAUUGGCUUGUCUCUUGUGCAUCGCUUUGGUGAGCAUCUGCCUCGUAUUGUACAUCUCCUCAUGUCUUAUGUGUAUCUCCUGGUACCGCCUCUCAUGAAUCCCAUUGUCUACAGCAUCAAGACCAAACAGAUAAGACAACGCAUUGUUAAAAAGUUCGAGUUUGUGAAGACACUUAGGUGUUUUCACCAGGAUUAG